GCUCACAACCCACUUGUUUUAUAAAGAAACUUUUUAUUAAUUCCUGUGGGCCGCUGAGUGUCAGUAAGAUGUUUUGAGGUUAGGCUGUGAGUCGAUAUACGCUUUUGUGACUGGGAACCGGUGUUUUAGUGUGUUGGUGACUGUGUUAUGGAGGUUUGCGAGUGUUUACGAAGAUUUCAGAUGUUGUUUUGAAGUGUUUCGAGCGUGACGUUUCCCGGAUGAUGCUCUUGUGAUUUGUGUUUACUUCAGCAAACGCAGGGGGGACGCUACGAUCACUUCUUGACCUUGUCUAUGAACCGGACGUGCGGAUCAGUGACAGAAUGUCACGCAAGGCACGGGAAAGUUACACCAUACGUCACUUGCUGCAGUUACCCAACGCACGGUCAUCGCCGGCUCCACACCCUCCCGCACCGUCCAUCAAGAAUCAAGAAGAAGAAGUACAAAUAACGCACAAAUUAUUCCGUCCAUCUACUUCAAUAUCGACGGCGCCGUUGAAUACGCACACGACGCUGUCACACAUAAACAAAAGGCGACUGGAGUUCGGCGUAGAUAUAGAAGCUUUCAGAGUAAACGAUAGAAGACUUGAUCGCGUGGACGACGCGUCCAUGGAGGAAGAAGCUACCAAGCGGCGAAGACGACUACUGGACGACGACAGAAGAGACGAAAUCGAUUCCUACCAUAGAAACUUCACCGUACACAGGCCUAACAUCCUACGUCACCCCGGUGAAGACGCAGAAUCUCUUUUACAACGAACACAAAAUGCACUAAAAUCCCUUAGCAAUUGGCCCCCCGAGACUCUAUCGAACGGUGAUGAAAACGAAGACGCCAACGACUUCGACAAUCUUUUCAACGAUAGACGUUCAGAUAAAAUGUUACCGUCCUCUCCUUCACAGUCAUCAGAGAGCGCACAUUCGCAAAGAAGUUUCUCGAGACAAGAAAACGACGAAUCUAAAUCUCAUCCAUGCGAUAGAAUAGAAAACGUCGAAGUUCCUUACCGAGACCCAAAAAUGGAAAGAGAAAAUAGUAUAGAAUACAACUACGAUAGAGAAGAUAAAACACAGAAUCACUACGACACACCUAAUUUUGAUGAAUUAGUAGAUAAUUCUUCCAACGAUCUAGAAAUCGAUAUGUCUGAAGAUGAACGGGAAAGUAAAAGAAGAAAGGGAGAAAUAAUCACAGUAAACAAACAGUCACUAUACAACGCGUACAAGGCUGCAACAGCUUCAUUGCCUUACUCGACCCAGUCCGCAUUCAAGCCUCCAGCGGAAGUGAAGCACAAAAUACAUGGAUCGUCAUUUCCCAGUGAACCAUUUGGGGGUUACUCGAAUGAUCACGAAAAGAGCUCACUGCAUAAGGUCUCGAAACAGUACACCGUGUUACAGCCCGCCGGCUUGGGGUCUCGAGCCGCCACGGCACUGCAGGAAGCUCGCACGGUGCCGUCGACCCAGCCCGCGCGAGACUCACGGCCUCUCAAUGCACUCUCUCCGCCCGUCUCCAGAGAAGGCAACAAGUGUCCAACUCCGGGCUGCAAUGGGCAGGGCCACGUCACUGGCCUGUAUACGCACCACCGCAGUCUGUCAGGAUGUCCAAGAAAGGAUAAAGUCACACCUGAGAUUUUGGCGUUGCACGAGACAAUCCUAAAGUGUCCAACACCGGGCUGCAACGGUCGCGGGCACGUCAGCUCCAACCGGAGCACGCACCGCUCGCUGUCGGGCUGCCCUACCGCGGCCGCGAGGAAAGCUGCCGCCCGCUCGCAGAGGGGCCGACCACCAGUUCAGCUGCAAGCUAUAGCGCCGGCGCCCGUGUCGGUGUCGGUGUCAGUAUCGGCGCCCCCGGAGCGCGCGCGGCCGGCGGAGGCGCCGCGCACGCCGCCCGUGAAGCGCGAAGCCCCCGAGCUGCUGGUGCCCAAGCGAGAGGCGGCCGAGCCCGAGCGCGACUCCCCCGGCAUGGAGACGCGCCACGCCGGCUACGGCGCGCCGCCCGACCAGCGCUCGCCCUACGAGCGCCCGCCCGACGACCACGUGCGCUCCUACAGUCAAAUGAAUGAAACUCGAUACGGCUACGAGUCUCGCUGCUACGAAGGCGCGCCGGCCUUCGAGCGGUACGACCCGGCGCAGUGUCCGCAGCGGCCCUACGGGUGGGAGGAGGAACGGUACCACGACCCCCAUCUGCCCACGCCCAUGAAAACUGACCAGUCCGAGCAAGAAGCCAGUACCGGCCCCAUUUACCCUAGACCGAUGUACCAUUACGAAGCUGGUGGAGUAGGCGGCGUGGCGGGCGUGAGCGCCAUGGGCCCCGGCGUACCCCCCGGCUUCUCGGCGAUCAAUCUGUCGGUGAAGAUCGCUGCGGCCCAGGCGCAGCGGCCGCGGAGCCCGACGCCGAGGGAUCCCAGAGACCCUCGCCCGGCCAUAGAUCUCUCUACGUCUAACGGUAGUCCACAGGGUCCAUACGCAUCACCGGUGUACACGAGCGCCGGGGGCGGGAGUGCGGGGGGCCCCCGGGGCAGCCCGCAGCCCGGCGCGUCGCCGCAGCUCACGGCCAGUCCGCAGGUCCCGAGCCCGCAAGGCCAGACCCUCGACCUUAGCGUGUCCCGUUUACCACAUAGUCGAAGUUUUCCUGGCGGAGUGUCGUAUAGUCGAGAAUCAACGCCAGACAGCGGCGGCAGCCAUCCAUAUUUAGAAGCAUACCAUAGAGACACUGCUGGUUACGGCGGUGUCAGCCCUCAUCCAGUGGCGGGCUACGGCCUAGCGCAGCCGGACUACGCGGCAGCGGCGGCCGCGGCGGGCUACGGCGGCUACCAGUACCAGUGCGGCGCCUACCCCCCGCCGCCCGCCUACCCGCCGCACGCGCCGCCCUACUCGCCGCCCUGCUACAUGCCGCCGCCGCACGCGCCGCACGACAAGCCCAAGGAUAGCAGUCUGUCCGGGUGUCCGCGCGCCGACCGCUCGCAGCUGCAGCCUCACUCGCAGGAGCUGAAGUGUCCGACGCCCGGCUGCGACGGGUCAGGGCACGUCACCGGCAACUACUCGUCGCACCGGUCGCUGUCCGGCUGUCCUAGAGCGAACAAACCGAAGAGCAAGCCGAGAGAUGGACAGGACUCGGAGCCUCUCAGAUGCCCAAUACCGGGCUGUGAUGGUUCUGGACAUGCUACUGGGAAAUUCUUAUCACAUCGAAGCGCUUCCGGGUGUCCGAUUGCGAAUCGCAACAAAAUGCGAGUCCUAGAAAGCGGCGGAACAGUGGAACAACACAAAGCAGCCGUGGCGGCAGCAGCAUCCGCUAUCAAAUUUGACGGUGUGAACUGUCCGACACCAGGGUGCGAUGGAUCCGGACAUUUGAAUGGCUCUUUCCUGACACAUCGCUCGCUGUCCGGCUGUCCGAUCGCAGGAGCCGCAACACCCACACCACCAAAGAAACCCAAAUAUCCUGACGACAUCACGCCAUUAUACCCUAAAUCAUAUUCAGGUACAGAUAUAACCAUGCAGACUGGAAACGGUGAAGAUCUUAUGACUUUGGAGCAAGAAAUAACCGAGCUGCAACGUGAGAAUGCUAAAGUAGAAUCGCAAAUGAUCCGUCUAAAAUCCGACAUCAAUGCAAUGGAAUCACAACUUAGCCAUGGCGAAAGAGAGAACCAGCAAAUGCAUCACAGCAACAAUAAUUUCCACGAGUAUUACAAGGGGCUAUGUAAUAACGUGAUAACUUUAUUGGAAACCGUCCGGCUCCCUGGUGGAGGCACCGCUCCUGCGCCCACUGCUCUAGGAACACCUGGGGCGCCCCCGGCCCCAGGACCCGGGGAAAAACCUCCCUAUGACAACUUUGAUUCAUAUCUGACCAAACUGCAAACACUUUGCUCUCCUGAUGGCUACUGUCCCGAUGAGAAUCGGCCAAUCUACGAAACAGUGAAAAAUGCACUUCAGGACUUCACAGUGCUUCCCACGCCUAUUUAAGUGUCACCCAGCGCCGCCGAAAACGAGAGACAGUGAUUUCGUAAGCCAACAUAAACUCGGCGGAGCUUAUUUCGAAAUGGAAACGCUUCUGUGAGUGCGAUGUAAUAUAAACAAUUUAGUAAAGCUAUUUACCAAAGACUGUUGACAUAAAAUAUGUCAAAUCGAAUACAGUGAACGAUAAAAAUCUAGUUGUGUACAGUGUAUCGCCCGCGCGAAGGGUCCUUCGGACGUUAUGUGUUCUAAUUAGAUAAUGAUGUCUAUUUUAUAAACCGUUGUAUACGAUGGGUGACUUUUGUGAGUCAUCGCGUUAAAUCUCGAAAAGUUCGAGUAAUUAUCAUUAAGGCGAACUUAAAUUUAAAUGAAUUUUAAACACUGUUACUCGUAUUAUGCUUAUAGUAAGUUUACAUUAGGGAAAGUUUAUACAAUUGUAUUAAGCGAUUUUAGACCCAUAAAACACACCAAGAUGGAUAUUAUGUGUAAAUAUGUAUGUAACCCAUUUAAUUAGAUUAUUUUAUAGACACCGGAUUACAGGCCAAAGUAGCCGGUGUUUAGUGAAAAAUGUAAGGUCAUUUUACCGAACAAAGAAACUUAAAUAGCAAAUAAGAAUGUUAUACCUACUGCGUUUAUGUUCAUACUGGGUAUGUGCCAAAUGCUUCCGCAGGAGCACCCGAUCACUGACGUAUUAAGACUAUUAUUGGUAUAGGAGACAAUGAAACGAAAAUUAAAAGAAACUUAUAGAAGACUCUAGUCACUUUGUAAAUAAAUUGUGAAUACAUAGUUGUCACGUCGUGAGGACGUUAAUAUUUAUAUUAGAGAAUAAAGCGAUCUCAAUAGAUCAUGUAAGUUAAAUAAUUCAGUCAUUAAUUAAUAACCAAUUUAGUGAUAAAUUAAUAAUUUCUUUGUUAGCCAAUGUUCACUUGCUGUGAUUAUGUUACAUGUUAUUUAUUGUUACCUUUGAGGAUGUGAUAGCUCAAAUGAGAAGGGUUAGCGUUAUUUUGCUAUGUAUAAUUUGAUGUGCUUCUCGUAAAAUGUGCAAUUAUUGUUUAUUACUUAUUUAUAUUUAAUGUCGAUGCGUAAUGUUUACGUUGUAAAAUACCUAUGUGAAUUCACUGAAAUUAUUUCUGGAAAUCGCAUCGCGUACACUGAUCGAUAAUUAUAUACGCAUUUAAAUAUUAAACCUAUUACUAUGUUACUAAUCUGAUUGUCAUAUACGUUUCUGUAAAAUAUUGAGUAUGUGUUGUUAAAAAGAAUAAAAAUAAAUACCGAGAUAAUAA